GGCCCUUGGCAAUAACAACUCUUCUGCCUCCUCUUUUGCUAUCUUGCUUGAUCUGGUUCUUUGUAUUUGCUGUUCCACUAGCCCUACGACCUUUAUUUUAUACCUCCAUCGCAUAAAUCGUCACUCCACCUCGUCGCUGCAUCUCGUUUCCCUCUCCAACCACCCACCAUGGACCAACCCUCCUCCACCAACGAGCCCAAUGCUGCUGCGAUUUACGAUGCGCGGAGACGCCGGGGCUCCGUGGGUACCACUCAGCUUCUCGAUAACAUUGUUUCUACAUCCAACUUCAACCGGGACGAAGUGGAUCGCCUGCGCAAGCGCUUCAUGAAGCUGGAUAAGAAUGCCUCCGGCACUAUCGACCGUGAUGAGUUCCUCUCCCUCCCCCAAGUGUCGUCCAACCCGCUCGCCACGAGGAUGAUCGCCAUCUUCGACGAAGACGGUGGCGGUGACGUCGAUUUCCAGGAAUUCGUGACCGGCCUAUCAGCAUUCAGCUCGAAGGGAAACAAGCAAGAGAAACUACGGUUCGCAUUCAAGGUGUACGACAUCGACCGUGACGGCUACAUUUCCAAUGGCGAGCUGUUCAUCGUGCUGAAGAUGAUGGUCGGCAAUAACCUCAAGGACGUGCAGCUGCAGCAGAUCGUCGACAAGACGAUCAUGGAGGCUGAUAAGGACCAGGAUGGAAAAAUCAGCUUUGAGGAGUUCACGGAUAUGGUGGAGAAUACAGACGUGAGCCUCAGUAUGACACUGAAUCAAAUAUGAUUGCCCUUCUCACUGAUUGAGUGGCAAUAUAUUCAGUGGAUGGUGUUUGUUUUUGGUGCUCGGUUUUCUCUUUCUUGGUCUCGACAUGACAUGACUCAAUGAUCAGCGACGUGUUUGUAGUUUAUUUCUCCCGAUAUGGGAAGGACAUAUGGAAAUUAUCUUCCCCAUGACCUUUUUCUCCCGGCUGUCUUUCUUCCGCCUAUCAAUUUCCCAUCAGCUCAGAC